CGGAGACAUUUGUCAUGAGAAAAUAUCGGAAAAAUGUCGGGGAACGAAUCGGACUCAAGUUCAAAAGAUGAAACUUGUAUUUUCUGUUUGAUAGCUCACGAUCAAGACAAAGAAACGGAAAUCAUAAAAAAGAACAAGGAGCUGGUGUGUUUCAGGGACAUUAAUCCUGCUGCUCCCCACCAUUACCUGGUUAUUCCCACACAGCACAUACACAGCUGCUACUCACUGCACAGGGGACACGUCAGCUUCGUUAAACAAAUGGCUGAGAUGGGGAAAGCUAUACUACAAGACCAAGGGUUCACUAACAAGAAGGACAUAAGUCUGGGGUUCCACCAACCUCCCUUCACUUCAGUUGAUCACCUCCACCUCCAUGUGCUCGCCCCCGCCAGCCAAAUCUCAAAGUACAUGCAGUAUAAGUUCAUUCCAGGGGGCGAACGUUUUGUAACUGCAAAAUGUCUCCGAAAGCGCCUAAAGCAUAGUCCUCCACCAGUAGACCAUCCUUAGAAAGCUGAAUGUGGUCUGUUUGAGGCAGCAGCUCCCAAAACUAUGGUUUGGACUAUACCAGCGGUCAUUCUUUGAAUCUUUGAACCAGAAUGAGCCAUGUGGAGAAGAUGCUUUUAAAAUAACACUCAGAUUGUAGUGAGUGGUGUCUACCAAUUAGGGAAACUAGAGCAGUGACAACCUCACAACAGGUCUUGUCACACUCUGCCUGUCUGCCUUGCAGUGUUUUGCACUUUUGUGUUUAGUUAGCGUUAUUUUGGUCUGUUGGGUUUUAGGGGUCUGUCUUGUCUUUCGUCUAGUAUUCGGUAACCCUUGUCAUGUCUGUUACCCCAGUGAUCUGCCCAGCCUGUUGGGUCGUCCCCCGGGGCGACCUCCCGAAUAUUGUUGCCUCCCUGUUCUGCCCGGCCUGUUGGGUCGUCCCCCGGGACGGCCUCCCGAACAUUGUGGCCCCCCUGUUCUGCCCGGCCUGUUGGGUCCUCCGGGAUGGCCUCCCGAACUCUGUGAACUCUGACAUCCAUUUUUUAACUUCACAAAGGCAGUUGUUAAGUGAACUCAGCAUUCCAGGGUCUGUGGA